AGAGGCAGGCUGUGGGUUUAGAGCAGUGGGCGGGGAUUCCAGUACUAUAAAUGAAAGUAGUGGAAUCACAUUCUUAGUCUGAUUGGGGAAGCAGAUAAGAGACAAUGAAAUCCUGUGGUCUCAUAAUAAUUGCCCUCCUCCUUUUGAGCAGCAAUGCUGCUCAUGCAGUGGAUUGCUACAAAUGUGACUAUGGUGCAUGCUUGUUUCCCACUGUGAAAAGCUGUAGUUUUGGAGAGGUCUGCAUGACACAAACAGCAUCAACUUCUUCCCUGCCAAUAACUGUUCAUAAGAGGGAUUGCUUAUCAUUAUUAUCUUGUGGAAGUGAAUCGUCUGAGACCUACCUGGGCGUAACCGUAAAAGCCACACGUUCCUGCUGCUACAGUAACCUCUGCAAUUCAGCCAUCAAAUCAAAAGUGUCUGUUGUCACUGGUGUGGCUGCCUUGUUGGCCUUGUGUUUUACCAAACUAUUUUGAAUCCAUAAUCUGUUUAAAUUGAUUGUCCUCUUAUGCUGAUGAGUGUUCAGAGUAGCCUUUUUUAUCCUUUACUUACCCUUUCCUUAGAACUUUCCAAUGAAUAGACACCACAUUAAAGGUUUGCAGCUAAUGAUGCAGGUUUUUUUUUUAAUAUUAUUUGAAAAUUCAUGUUUCCUUGUAUUCUGUAAGCAAUAAACUUUACUUCCAUGUAACUGAAAA